GAGCACCCAAACGCUUCCUGGCGCUCUAGCUCGCAGGGGAUGACAUGCGGUUUUGAACAAGCAGCUGCCGCAGCAGGUCUGGAUGGAGUUGUAAGGCUGGUCUCUCUUCAAAGCCUUCGAAGAAUUGAGUGGCCUAUCUGAUCUUGAAGGAGUCCUGGUGGUGUAGUGGUUACACCGUGGGUGGCGAACUGCAAGGUCUCAGAAGGCAAAGCUAAAGGCCUAUGCGGAGAAAAAGGGGAUAAGUCUUGAUUGGCUGUUUGCUUUCCUGGAUUUCAAAAUCUCAAUGAGUGGUUGACUCAGCUUUAGAUUUGGAGACAAAAUUUCCCGAAGAGGAUAUCAAUAUCCCCAAUUGUUGGAAAAUUGUGUAAUUCGCCUGCUUUACUAUCGGAAAAAUGGCCAAACGCACCUUCUCCACGUUGGAGUCAUUCCUCAUUUUCCUCCUGGUGAUAAUGACUGCUGUCACUGUGGCCCUUCUCAGCCUCUUGUUUAUCACCACUGGGACCAUUGAGAACUAUAAAGAUUCAGGAGACAAUGAUUUCCCAGCUACCCAAAGCCCUCAGAGGAAUUUCAGUGGCUAUUACAUUGGUGUUGGCCGAGCUGACUGCACUGGACAAGUAUCCGAUAUCCCUUUGAUGGGCUAUGGCAAAGCUGGCCAGAAUGCACGGGGGCUCCUCACGAAGCUGUACAGCCGUGCCUUCAUCAUGGCAGAACCGGAUGGCUCAAAUCGAAUUGUAUUUGUCAGCAUUGAAAUAGGCAUGGUAUCUCAAAGACUCCGGCUGGAGGUGCUGAACAGACUGAAGAGUAAAUACGGCUCCCUGUACCGAAGGGACAACGUGAUCCUGAGUGGUGUGCACACACACUCCGCUCCAGCAGGCUACUUCCAGUACACGAUAUUUGUAAUCGCCAGUGAAGGAUUUAGCAAUAGAACGUUUCAGUACAUGGUCAAUGGCAUCGUGAAGAGCAUUGACAUAGCACAUGCAAAUAUGAAACCAGGCAAAAUCUUAAUGAAUAAAGGAAAUGUCGAAGGGGUCCAGAUCAACCGGAGCCCUUAUUCUUAUCUGCAGAAUCCACCAUCGGAGAGAGCAAGGUAUUCUUCAAAUACAGACAAGGAAAUGGUCGUGUUGAAAAUGGUAGACCUGAAUGGAGAGGACCUGGGCUGUAUCAGCUGGUUUUCCAUCCAUCCAGUUAGCAUGAACCACAGCAACCACCUUGUAAAUAGUGACAACAUGGGCUAUGCCUCAUACCUUUUUGAGAAAGAGAUGAACAGGGGACAUCUACCUGGAGAGGGACCAUAUGUAGCAGCGUUUGCUUCAUCAAAUCUGGGAGAUGUGUCCCCCAAUAUUCUCGGCCCACAUUGCAUCAACACUGGAGAAUCCUGCGAUAACCCCAAUAGCUCAUGUCCUCUUGGAGGGCCCAGCAAGUGCAUGGCUAUGGGACCUGGAAAGGAUAUGCUUGAAAGCACACAAAUUAUAGGUCGAUCCAUAUUUCAGAGAGCCAAGGAGCUCUUUGACUCCGCCUCCCAGGAGGUAACUGGACCCCUGGCUUGUGCUCAUCAGUGGGUGAACAUGACAGAUGUCACUGUCUGGCUCAAUUCCACAUAUGCGGUGAAAACCUGUAAGCCAGCACUAGGUUACAGCUUUGCAGCUGGCACGAUUGAUGGAGUUGGAGGCCUGAAUUUUACGCAGGGUAACAUGGUAGGAGAUCCAUUUUGGGACACAAUUCGGGACCAGAUCCUGGGCAAGCCAUCUGAAGAAAUCAAAGAAUGUCAUAAACCAAAGCCAAUUCUUCUUCAUACUGGUGAGCUGACAAAACCACAUCCUUGGCAUCCAGAUAUUGUCGAUGUUCAGCUUAUUACUCUUGGGUCCUUGGCCUUAACUGCCAUCCCUGGGGAGCUUACGACCAUGUCUGGACGAAGAUUACGGGAGGCUGUUCAAGCAGAGUUUGCGUCUCAUGGGAUGCAGAAUAUGACCGUGGUUGCUUCAGGUCUAUGCAAUGUUUAUACACAUUACAUUGCCACCUAUGAGGAAUACCAGGUUCAGAGGUAUGAGGCAGCGUCGACUAUAUAUGGACCACACACUCUAUCUGCUUACAUUCAGCUCUUCAAAGGCCUUGCUAAAGCCAUUGCUACGGGAGAAGUUGCUGAAGUUACAUUUGUAGGUGCAAAUCCAAAGAAUUCAGCACAAAAUCAGACCCAUCACAACUUCCUCACCGUGGAGAAAUACGAGCACCCUUCAACAUCAUGGCAGAUCGUGCAUAAUGACGCCUCCUGGGAUACUCGUUUCUAUUGGCACAAGGGAACCCUAGGUCUGAGCAAUGCAACUAUAGCCUGGCAUAUUCCAGCCACUGCCCAGCCAGGAAUCUACAGAAUAAAGUAUUUUGGACACAAUCGGAAGCAGGAUCUUCUCAAGCCAGCAGUCAUACUUUCAUUUGAAGGCGUUUCCUCGGAUUUUGAAGUUAUGAAGUGAUAAACGGACAAGUCACUUAAAAAAUGACUUAUAACUUUAUAAGACUGAUUUCACAUGAAUGUAACUAUCAUUGUGAAUGCUAUACUUAUCCCUCUUUGGGGACAGAAAGAAAGUUUAUUGCUAAUGGGACAGAGGUAGGGUGUGUUGUGUGUAUGAGUGUGUAUGCAAUGUGUAUGUCCCGUUUAGCUUGCUCCAGCAGAUAUGUCUUGUGUCUACAGCUGAAAGCAUGAUUUAUCUUAAGACUUAGCCCUUUAAUGGGAUACUUCCCCUCAAUGCGAAAUGUCUGAAAUGUUAAGAAGACUGGCUAAAGAUGUGUGAACAUUUAGCCUAUGUAUGGAACUCUUGAAUGUUAACACUAGAAAGAAUUUAUAGAAAUCAACUUACAAAUGGAAAAAAUGGAGGUUUUGUGGACUUAAGAUUAAUACAAGGUCAUCGGACAUUUCUCUCCAAUCACAUUUAAAAAACAGUAUGCAAAAAUUGUCUGUUGAUAUAAGAGCUCAAAUAGAAAAAUGAAAAAUUAUCAUGCCAGAUCUACAUUCAAACAAGCAUGGCCUUUCAACACCAUCAUCCUGGAGCAGAGGUGCCGGGUACAGAGUUGUUGUGGAUGCUCAAAUCAUUUCUGCAAUUGCCUUUAGGUCCAAUGAUAAGAAAGUCAGAUUUAUAAUAUUUUGUCAUGCCUUGUGUUUUCUUAAGUGUCCUAUCCCAUCUUGAUUUUGUUCUUUCUAAGACUUAUGCUAAAUGACUUUGGACUGUUUUCAGAAAUAAAAUGCACUUCCUCUCUCCACCUCACCAACAAACAAACAAAAACAAAGCUUUGUCUUAGUGUAGAGUAGGUAUAUUAAAACAAAAGUACUUCUGGCUGAAAUGCAGUCCUCAAAGGGAAGGCUCUAAAUUCAUUUAUUUGUUCUUUUAUUACUCUUUCACUCAAUAUUCCAUUCAGUUUUAGACUAUUGUUUAUUAAGAUUUAUUCACGGGCCCAAUAUUGCUCUAGUACCUGGGCCUUAGCAAGCAGUGAUACCAUAUUUGGGGAUGGAUGUGAGCAUCAAAAGAUGAUGAUAUUGAGUGUGAAAAUAUGCAAUUUGAUUCACAAGUUCUAGGAAAGCAUUUAAAGGUCAGUAAUCUUGAAGCCCCAGCUUCCAUAUACCCUCUGUUAGGUUGUAUAUUUUUCUGCACCUACGCACCUGGCUACCAGUAUCCUUGCUCCCAAGUAAGACACAGGAACACCCUUUCUCAUUAGCUCCCAUUUCUUCCAACCAGUGCAGUUCUCUCUCUGCAGUUUGUACAAUCUCUGCCUUAUAGGCUCAUUUUAAUGUGUGGAACUUGAUGAAGAUCUGAUUCAUUACUAUAGAAAUGCAGGCUCAAAAUCCCUUGAAAAUGGGUGUGGAUCAUGAAAAAUAGAGGUUGGGCCAAUGGGAGAAUUAUUUUGGAGAUUUUUCUCUCAAGUCCAAAAGUCUUUUGUUGUAGUCAUUGUUUGUUGCUGUCGUAGUCCACCUACUCGUUUGAAAAUGGUCUUUUGACUUAUUCAAAAAGCACUGAGUGAUCCAUCUUGUAAGUCUAAGUAUUUUGAUGAGCGUCAUAAAAAUUAUCAGUAUGUCAUAGAAUAUUUAAUAAUACAUUAAGAAGAAUACUUGGGCAAGUGUUUUUUAAUGAGAGAUGAGGUGGACCAAUGAUGACUAUUUUUUAAAGAGGUUAGAAAAAAUGUUGUAGAUUCCACGUAAUUCAGGACAGCGAUAGAAAUGACCCCGUAACUCACUCCCAAGCAUAAAGAACCACUUAUUUACCAGUUCCUCCCUCAAAGAUCACAGUGACCCUAUGAAACGCGGCAGAGCUGCUUCAGAGGGUUUCUGAGGCGAUAACGCUUUACAGAAGCAGACUGCCCCAUCUUCCCUUGGAGUGGCUGAUGAGUCCAAUGGCCCCUCUGACAGUUAGCCAGCCCACCACUUACUGUCUGUACCACAAGGGCUCCUUGCCCUGAAGGUCUACUUGUAGCAAAACACAUUUAGUUGAUAUUCUUUGCUACAGGGCAUCAUAAAUAGACAGUCUCCUAGUCAUGUAACUCUUUGUAAAAUUGUUUAAUGAGUCAAUUGGGAGCAAAGAGUCCACGAAUAAAAGUACCUUGAUUUACGUAUAGCCUUUGCUAAUUUACCCUUUUAUGAACAGCCUGCAAAGCAAGCAGCAUUCCGUACCGUGGAUUCCCUAGUGAGCCGAAUGGCUCCGUCACUAAACAGUCUUUUCAUGCCUUCAGUGCUUCCAAAAGGUGCUCUUGGUUCUUGGUGACGUAAACUGGUUUGGGACGUUUUCUCCCAAGUACGAUGUCACAUAUGGAAAUCUAUACAUUUCCUUUGUAACUAGGCAGAAUGCAUUCUGCUGUAAGUAACAAACUAUGGCUGAUCAACGGAAGUCUAAACAGAAGACAUUUACAAUUUCGCAUCACCUCGAAGGCUCGAGGGGACAAAUUCAAGUUUGGUGUGAACACUUUCAAUGAUGUUCUGAAGGAUAUAAGUGCAUGUUGACUUUAAAUCUUGGACUUCCCCUUUCUUUUCAAAGGUGGCGUGUCUUCAUACAAUUGCAUGCCGCAGGGAGAAGAGGAGGGUUCUACUCAGACUAUUUUCUUGAAGGCAGAAAAUGUUGGGUUGGAACACAAGUAGAAUUUCCCUUACACUUACUUGUGCAGAUCCAUGUGCCUGCAGUCACCCUUAGCUGCAGUGGGGGCCGAGAAAGAGAGUAUUGGGAAAUGGGGCUUCUAGAGAGAGAUGCAAGUUUUUAUAACAAGAACCAAAGAGAUGAAGGAAGUGUUGCUAUAUGUGUGUCAAUCGAGAUGAAUUCAUUUGGAUGCAAGAGAUUUAUUUCUGGACCUGACCACAUGUCCAUUUGGGUCAACCAAAGGAUCGGGUCCACAUUUUCUCACUCAGGGACUUGGGCAAAGAGGAUCUUGUUCCAAUGCAAGAAGGGGCAUGUGCUUCCAUGAUGGGGGCAAGAAACCCUGCCUUCAUCUAGAGCAAUCUGGUUUUAUAUUUGUAUUAGCAUUUUCAUCCUCGAGAUGGUUUAGCUAUAGCAUAAAUAAGCUCGAAUGUAUUUGCCUUUUGCUCUAAUAAUAAAACCCACCCGUUAGAAGUAAGGAAAAUUGUAUCCGUGCCCCACCCCCCACCCCCAAACAGCUCCCUAUAGAUAACAGUGCAUUUGGGGUUUCACCCUUCUGUCUUCUUGGGCUGCAACCCGGCUGUCAACUGGAAUUAAAUUUAUUUUAAAAAGA